CUCGACUGAGGACUCCACUCGAUGAUCUCGAGUCCAAGAACCCCAACCUAGCUCACACGUUCUCGGAGCUCAGCAAACACCUUUCCGACGCCCAAGGUUCCACAGUCAACCCGGAUCGAGCUACUGCUAACCAGGCAGAAACACAGCACAGGAAACAUAUGGAGCAGUGGAAAGCUGCAGUUGCUGAAAUCCGUAAAGUUGAUGGUUUUUCGCGGUUCCUACUCCCGCCGUUGUACGAAGAUUUGCAAGCGGCAGCACGUCAUGGCCCAGUCAUCAUCCUUAUUGCCAGUCAAUAUUUGUGCAACGCCAUUAUCGUCCCAACGUCGGGGGAGCCCCAUCAUAUUCCCUUGCUCUCUGUCACUCUCGCAGAUCUCAAUAAUCUCAAGGAUCGCUUCACCAGGGCAAUACGACAUGCGUCUCGGAUGACCCCAGCAGAGGCGAGGACAGAUCUAAUAGUACUCUUGCGGACAAUAUGGGACAAGAUCAUGCUACCCAUUGUCGAUGUACUCAAGAACGUCCUUAAAUUACGGCGCUACUCCCGAAUCUGGUUGUGUCCAACUGCAGUUUUCACAACUAUUCCUCUCCAUGCGGCUAACCCCUUUCAAACAAGGAAAGAUCGCUCUGGGAAGGAGCCAUGCCUGGAGGAUCUUUACAUCUGUUCUUAUACGCCAACACUAUCGGCUCUGAUCAGGUCUAGACAAAUGAUGAAGAAGCGUAUCAGUCCGUCCUUCGUAGCGAUCGGACAAGGUCAACCGGGCACAGGGCAAGGCAAAGAGCUCUCGGCUGUCGACAGCGAGCUCAAGUUUGUCCAUGAGCUCUUCCCCGCAACGGCCAACCCCAUCACCCUCUCCGGCGACCGCGCCACGCGAGCAGGUGCACUAAAAGCUUUGCAACAGAACACUUGGGUGCACCUUGCUUGCCAUGGAAAGCAGGACCAUGAGCAGCCCUACAAUUCUCAUUUCGCCAUGAGAAAUGAACGUCUGACGCUGCUUGAUAUCAUGGAGCAAGACAUUCCGCACGCCGAGUUCGUGUUCUUAUCCGCCUGUCAUACCGCUGCUGGCGAUGAGGAGACGCCCGACGAAGUCAUCCACCUCGCAGCUGGUCUCCAGUUUUCGGGUUUUAAAAGCGUUAUUGGCACGCUGUGGGCGGUCGAUGACGCUGUCGCCAAACACAUUGUUGAGCCUUUCUACGAGAAGAUGUUCGAGGAUUCGGAGGAUGGUGAUGUCAUGGACUGUAGGAAGGCGGCGCGGGCACUUAAUCAUGCUAUACAAGCCGUGAAGACGAAAGUGCCGCUCGAGCAGAGAAUCGUUUUUGUUCAUAUUGGUGUGUAGUUUUAUGAUGUUGUACUGCUUUCGUUUGCUACAGAUUCAUCAGUUGUUGAUGUUGGAUUGUUUUUCAUCCUUUCGGUGUCCCUCUUGUUGGCUCUUGUAGGAUUACCUUGAUACUGCAGUUUUUAUUUUACAUUACAUCCCCUCAUACUAUUAUAUUUACGCUCAGAAGAGUCUAUGCGACUCCAUUCAUUCUUCAUACACUGCGACGGGGAACACACUCGAUUCUACUACUGGAG